GUCUUCCUUCGAUGCGACCCUGUUCUCGGCCAUACUUUAAAUCUGUCAAACUUUUUCCUCCGUCAGUCGGCAAGCCGUGCUUUGUAAAAAAAAUUGAAUCUCGAUUUUCUCAACAAAUUACUGUGCCUGUUUGUUCCAUUAAUCUGAAUUGUAAAUCGGCCAAACACCAUCUCCAAGCAAAAUGGUACGCACAGGUAUGAUGCGUGGUGGUGGCCGCGGCGGAAUGGGAAUGGGAAUGCGUGGUAUGCGUGGAGCUCCCUUCAUGCAUAAGAAAACUUUCCUCCCCCGUCAUCCAUUCGACUUGACUUUGGCGGAACCAGCUUUUCCGAGAGUUUCCAAUGCCCCCGACGAUUCCGUUCUGACCAAUGCCCUACUCAAGCGCAGUCAAGAUUUAACCCCCUCCCAGCAGGAGCAGACGGCCAUAUCAAACUUGGUUACCAAGGUGCAGGGCGUUUUGGACAACUUGGUUAUUGCCCCGGGCGAUUUCAACAAAUGCCAGUUGGAUGAAGUACGUCAGGUGGGGUCCUUCAAGAAAGGAACGAUGAUGGCCGGUCACAAUGUGGCAGAUAUUGUGAUUAUCUUGAAGACACUUCCGACAAAGGACGUAGCUGAAGCACUCGGCAAAAAAGUGGAAGAAGACAUCCAAAAGUCGAUGAAAACCGAGGUGGUUCCGAAAGCGGAAGCCAUUGCAUUGGAGUACAAUGAAAAGGGUUUCGAGAUUUGGAAUUCGCUAGCAAGAGUUCGCUGUUUGGUGGCUACGCUACCACAAAACAUUCGUAAACUGGACGCCGAAAAACAUUUGGACUUUAAGGUAGUUCAGAGCCAUCUGGCCUCCAUCCGUCAUGCUCGUUGGUUCGAGGAGAAUGCACAUCAUUCCACCAUCAAGGUAUUAAUACGUAUCCUUAAGGACUUAUCAAACCGGUUUGAUGGUUUUGCGCCAUUAAACCCUUGGAUCUGUGAUUUGCUGGCACAUUCCGCAAUCAUGAACAAUCCAAGUCGCCAAGCACUCCCCGUCAAUUUAGCUUUCCGAAGAAUAUUCCAACUGUUGGCCUCCGGUUUAUUUGUUCCGGGAUCGGCCGGUAUCACUGAUCCGUGUGAGGUGGGACACAUUCGGGCUCACACAUCCAUGAAUCUGGUUCAACAGGAUGAGUGCUGUAUGACGGCGCAAACCUUGGUCCGAGUGCUGGCCCACGGGGGAUACAAACACAUUCUUGGAUUUGUGGAAAACACCACCGUAGCGAAGGAAAUGUCCGUCUGGGACGGAGUUGUGGUUUCACCGAUGGAACCAGCAUACGAGAAGCCCGCGGAAAAGAAAGAUGAUGAAGAGGAGGAUAUGGAAUGUGUCGAAGAAUCUACCAUGGAGGAGGAUAACGGUGAGUAAAUGACAGUUGUCCAAACUUGACAAGAAUUUGCAUUAUUUCCAAAUUGUGUAUGGAAUCUUAAGAGUAUAACGUAGUUUAAGUACGAAGCAUAAUUUACCAAUAAACUUUCAAGUGUGAGAAAUAAA